AUGGUGGCGUGUUACCCUGGCAACGGCCUGGGCUGUGUGUGGCAUGUGGACAGCCCCCAUGGAGACGGGCGCUGCGUCACGUGCAUUUAUUACCUAAACCGGAAGUGGGAUAGUAAGGUGCAUGGGGGUGUCCUGCAGAUCUUCCCAGAGGGCCACUCAGUGGUGGCCAAUGUUGACCCCAUCCUUGACCGUCUGCUGAUCUUCUGCUCCGACCAGCUCAAUCCACACCAAGUGAAGCCGGCCUAUGCCACCAGGUACACCGUCACAGUCUGGUAUUUUGAUGCGAAGCAGCGGGCAAAGGCCAAAGGGGAGCUCCGCAACCUCUUCACAAGGGAAACCAAGACUGGCCUGGGGCAGGAGGCAGCCAAACUGCUUCCCAGCCUGAGAUGGUUGACCCCUCGCCCUUCCUCUGGCCCAUGCGAGCCAGCUGAUGGCCUCUGGAAUGCCUGGUCACGAUGCUCUGAGGAAGCUGUGUCUUCUCUCUUUCAAGCUGAGAGAGGUAAUUAA